AUGGCGCUCUUCCGACGAUUCUUCUGCAAAAACCCUCCUGACCGGCUUGUCGAGAUCUCAGAGCGUGUCUUUGCUUUUGACUGCUGUUUCUCAAGCGAUGUUAUGAGAGAAGAUGAGUACAAAGUCUACUUUGACGGCAUCGUAUCACAGCUACAGGAUCAUUUCCCGGAAGCCUCUUUCAUGGUGUUUAACUUUAGAGAAGGAGAACAACAUACUCAAAUACCAGACUUGUUGUCUCAACACGACAUGACAGUGAUGAAUUAUCCAAGUCACUACGCUAACUGUCCGCUUUUACCUCUCGAGAGGAUCAGUCACUUCCUGAAAUCGAGCGAAAGCUGGUUAUCACUGGAAGGUCAACAAAACGUUGUGUUGAUGCAUUGCGACACAAGUAGUUGGCCUGUUCUUGCGUUUAUGUUAACAGGGAUGUUAUAUAAGCAGAAGACUCUUGAGAUGGUAUAUAAGCAGGCUCCUUUAGAGCUUCUUCGUCUUUCCUCUCCUUUAAACCCGCAGGCUUCUCAGCUCAGAUAUCUUGGGUACAUUUCUACAAGAGGUUUAGGAUCUGACUGGCCUCUUUCAGAGACGUCUCUUCUUUUGGAUUGCUUGAUCAUCAGAGAUCUUCCAGGGAGUAAAAAAGCUGCCUCUGAUCUGCAGGAAGAGUGUGUCCUGGUGAAAUUUGAUAUCCAGUGCCGUGUUCAAGGGGAUGUUGUUCUGGAAUGUGUACACUUGGGUGAUGAUUUGGUGCGUGAGGAGGUUGUCUUCAGAAUCAUGUUCCACACGGCAUUUGUGCGUGAUAAUGUUCUGAUGGUCCAACGUGAUGAGAUGGAUAUACCUUGGGAUGCAAAGGACCAGUUCCCAAAGGAAUUUAAGGCAGAGGUACUUUUCUCUGGCGCUGAUGCUGUGGUGCCUACCAUCACAACAGCCCUGAAGAAUUUCGAUAUUACUUCACCUGAAGAGUUGUUUGAGGUGGAGGAGAUCUUUAGCGAUGUGAUUGAUGGGCUUGAUCAUAAGAGAGACUCAGUUGUUGAUACUUUUUCAGAUGAUCUCAAGGCCACAUCAGUUUUACACUCUACACCACCUCCACCACUACCUCCUCCUCCUCCUCCUUUUGCAUCUGAGAGACCAAACAGUGGAACCAGUUUGCUUCCAACAUUUAACCCUUCUCCACCACCACCACCACCACUUCCUCCCCGUCCUGAUUUUAGUUCAUCAAGAAUAGCAAAUCGACAUUACCUUCGCUUUCUAACAGAAGAGCAACGUAGUGAACCACUAUUUGAUGCAUCAGAAAUACAGAGCUUUUUCUCUGUUCCAAUGUCCAAACCUCAAGUAGUUCGGCUGAUUGACCCUUGGAGAGCCAAUAGCAUGGAAGUUUUGCUUACCAAAGUAAAGGUGCCGUUGCCUGAUAUGAUGGCUGCACUUCUGGCAAUGGACGAUACUGUGUUAGAUGUCGAUCAAAUAGAGAAUCUUGUAAAGAUUAAGUUGUUUCCAACCGAGGAAGAGAUGGAAACUCUUAAGAACUACACUGGUGACAAGGCAAUCUUGGGAAAGUGUGAGCAGUUCUUGCUAGAGCUAAUGAAGGUGCCACGAGUAGAUUAUAAGCUGAGAGCAUUUUCCUUCAAGAUUCAGUUCGACACUCAGAUAACAGAAUUUGAAAAACGUUUAAGUGCUGUAGGUUCUGUGUGUGAGAAGGUCCGUUCUUCUGAAAAGCUAAAGGAAAUUAUGAAACAUAUUCUUUACCUUGGGAACACAGUGAACCAAGGAACUUUCAAGGGCUCUGCAGUGGGAUUCAGGUUGGAAAGUUUAUUGAAGUUAAGCAAGACAUAUGCUCCUAACAGCAACAUGACUCUCAUGCAUUAUCUUUGCAAGGUCUUGGCUUCCAAGGCACCACAUUUACUGGACUUCCACAAGGAUCUUGAAAGUCUUGAAUCAGCUUCAGAGAUAAAAAUGAAGUCGCUGGCAGAGGAAGCGCAAGUUAUAUGCAUAGGACUGGAAAUGCUGCAAAUGGAGCUCUAUGCAUCCGAAAGAGAUGGUCCGGUUUCUCAAGUUUUCCGUCAAAAGCUGAAGGAGUUCAUCCCCAUUGUUGAGACUAGAGUGGCAACUGUAUUGGAUCCUUACUGCGUCGUGGGAAAAGAUGCUGACGCACUUGUGUUCUAUUUUGGGGAGGAUCCAUACCUUUAUCCAUUUGAAAAAGUUGCUGCGACACUGUUGGAAUUCGUAAACUUGUUUAAGAAAGCACAUGAAGAGAAUGUCAAGCAAGCCUUUUACAGAGGACCCGAGGCAUUCGGGUGA